GACGAUCUUGACCAUGUACUAUCCCAUUCGUCAUUCAAACAAAUUCUUCGUUCAUUAUAAGCAAAGAUUCUGCAGCUUUCAAGAACUCAACUUUUCUCUUCCUUCUUAUUAUGAAGCGCCAAAACGACACAUCCCGCUCAUCGUCAGCGGCCUCCAGCCGAGCAACAAAACGAACAAAGUCUGUUCAGGCCUGCGCUAAAUGCAGACAACAGAAGACGAGAUGUGAGAUCCUUGAUAGCGCCGACCAGCCAGUCAUCAGGUGCCAUCGAUGUAAAGUUCUUGAGGUGGAGUGCUCGUACCAAACAAUGGACCGAAGUCUCUUUGAGGUUGCUCGCACUAAACCUAAGGGUGAUGAGCAUGGCGAAUGGCACGACAGAAGCUUAGAUGUGCUAUCAGGCUAUUCUGGUACUCCGACCUCGAAGGAUGCACCGGGUAGUUCCAAUGCAUCGCUACCCACGGAUCUCUUUCCCAAUAAGCCUCAUCUGCUCUGGGACUUUCUUCGCACUCCUCAGGGGUCUUUGGAUUGGUCAGCGCCACUACAAGCCAUACAGGAGCUCAUGAAGCAGUCUGCUGACUCUUCCGAAUCCCGUCGCUAUCCUCCCCCUCCUUCAGUGCUCAACGAUUCGUUGGAUAGCAUUCUCUCAUUGAAUCAGAUUCAACACUUAACAUCGCUAUUCGAACACAAUUACCUGCCGUGGUUGAAUUUCGUACCUAUUCGUGAGACACAUAGCCCUAUUCUCGACCUCGUGUAUUGCACGAUUGCUUCGCGUCAUUUUGAUGAAGCAACCCGGUCUGUGGUCGCCCCAAGACUACAGUCCUUGACCGCAGAAAUUGUCGCCAAAAUGAUAUUUCAAUCAAGAAGAUCAGAAACUCUCGAAUCGAUCCAAAGUCUUUUUAUUUUAUCUCUAUGGGCGCCAGUCUGUGGUGCUGAUGAGGACUUUCGCGACGGCCGUCUCCUCGUUGCGUCUGCCGUUAGCAUGGCUCAUGAUAUGCGCUUGAAUGACGCGUGUCAAAUAGCAGCCAGACUUCGCGAGAGAAAGGCUAAGGGAGAAGAUGUUUCUGAUCACGAAAUGUUCGACGCAAUAAACAAAACCCGGCUGUGGAUCGCUCUUACGAAUGUUGAGUCUCUACUAUGCACGGGGAGCGGACGUCAUCCACUAUCGAAACGUACCGCAGAAUAUCUGACGACGUUCCCUUUAACUUCCAAUCUUCCUUCAGAUAUGGCGUCCGGGCGAGAUCUGCGCCUGAGGCUUUUGGCAGAACUCUUUGACAUCACUGAAGCCGGGCUAGCGAUUCGUCUUCAGUCGCUAUCAGAAGCCGAUGUAAACCUUUGGUACGAUGGUUUCGUUCAUGUCUUGUCCAACCUGAGUCGUGUUGCGCGCAUUUUACUGCCUUUGGCUGUGGUCGGCGAUUUUGAUGUAUUCUACUUCAAAGCACUUAACAUCCUAGUGCGGACCUGUCGACUCCUCAUUUUGUACCAAGCCUCCGUCAGCGCACGGCAAUACUUUGUUCACAAGGAUAUUGAUAGACCUUUUUGGUUCAGAGAAGUUCGUCCUUAUGGGUUGCUCAUUCUCAUUACAUGGGGCAAAGAAAAUAUGGCAGUCUCAGAGUCGAUCCUGGUUCUUCUGCUCGAGCUGGAUGUGCGGUUAUUAGGGACGUCGCCCGAUUAUAUUUUCAACAUGAUUGCCUUUGCUGCCAGUUAUGUCAUCGGUUCGAAAUUUCUCGUCCUGCAAUCCCUCGGAAUUGAUCUUCCCGGCUCCGGCGAAAAGCUUCUGUGCCGAACCAUCGACAAGUUGAAUCAAUGCUCCUAUUCUCCGGAUUCCCCUGCUAGGAAAUGCGCGACUCUCAUUUCUUGGAUGCUUUCGCUGUGGGAGGACAAGCUCGCCUCCCUAGACCCGCAGAAACCAUUUCCGCCAGACUGCCACUACUUCCAUCGAUUCUAACCAAUAUUCACCUCCGCAGUCCACCUGCAUUCGAGAGCCUGCCGCUCGAUUAUCUCAACAGCCUUUUGGUCCUUCCGCGUCAACGCCGGCUGGUGACGUGGACUGGUACACUUCAGUGUUCAACGACGUUUCGCUCUGCAAUGACCUUUUUGACGAUAAUGCUGCAUAUGGGCUCUACGACUCACCAUCUUCACUCUCUAGUUCACAGGUAGAAUUAUGAUAUAGAAGGGGAGCGAAGUGAAGAAGCGGUCGUACCGUGUAUGAAAUAUAUCUCUCUCCUUAAUCUUGGUACAAGUAUGUUAUAAUAGUAGUGCACAGUACAUACGAUGUCUCUUAUUACAUUGCCAACGAACCGCGCCACACUGCUGUAUCGAAAAUGACCGCGAAGCGGUAUUGUACUGGCGUCUGAAUGGUA